AUUAGGUUGCGCACAGGGCUUGCCGGGGAAGAUGUGGCUGGUUGUGUAACGUCCCGGUGCUUUUGUUUGAGACUCAUUUAACAUGCACGAUCAAAGGUAUAUCGUCGUAGUAACAUUAUAUUUAAUAAUCGGUUAUGGCAUAACAUCAGAAUCACCAAAGUCGAUCCACGAGGAUUUCAGGGAGAAGCGACAAAUCAAUGGCCUACCACUAGUUUAUCCCUAUGGAGGUACUUAUAAGCUUCUCAUAGGCUUCGCAGCUCCUGUACCCAACGAAGACCAUAUCAACCUAUUAUUUUCUGCCAACUUCCAAUAUCAAUACCUUCAGUUCCAAAACAUAUCACAACUGUCCCAGUACUAUUUCAUUAACACCGUGUCGAGGGAGCAGAGAGAUGCUGAUAUUUUAUCGAGGAGAGAGGAAAGGAUUGUCUUUUAUAAAUCUGUGGCUGAUUUGUUAGAAAUGAAAGGCAUGGGCGGCCAAGAUUGUGUGCUGAGAGCUAUUUGCGAGGCAGCUCAAUAUCCGGUACAUGAGGAAGCUUUAGUUGGAGAGAUGUUACAUAUAUUGUUAACCCCAGACUAUGGCCAUUCACCCUUCGAAGAGCAAGAUCCAGACUGGGAGGAAGCGAUGUCAAUGUACCGUGACGCGGCGACCGCAGGACGACAGAUGUUCGACUGCGGCUACAUAUACAGCGGUUGCCCUCAGGGACAGGGCAUACUGGAUAUAAUCACUGCGCUGAGGGAUGAAUAGGAUAUGUAGCAGGAUAUAUUGGUGCUCAUCAGUUUUAUACAAAUAAAAAAAUAUACAACGACAA